AUGACUUUAGCAGCAGCAUUUCAAACCCUCGCCGGAGCUUCUUCCGUCCGACUAAAAAAUCUCAUGUCACUGAUUCGUGUCUCCCGCCAGAAUUCAUCAUUCUCCUUGGCGAUUCUCACUCGCCGACUUCACACGUUUUCUUCUUCUGGCGAAACAGAAUCCGCCUCUUCUUCUUCCUCGUCGUCACGGCUCCGAGACCAUUACAAUUUCCAACCACCACCGCCUUUAUCCUCUGAAAGCCCAAACCCAAACCAGAAGAAGAAGAAUCCGAAGCCGCAAUACCGUCCGCCUUCGUCUCUGGAAGGUGUGAAGAAGGUGCACUCCGAUCUUCCUUUCGAUUUCCGGUUCAGCUACACGGAGAGUAACUCCAAUGUGAGGCCAAUUGGACUGAGAGAACCAAAGUACUCCCCGUUCGGUCCUGAUCGGUUGGACCGGGAAUGGACCGGAGUCUGCGCGCCGGCUGUAGAUCCGAAGGUGGAGUCGGUGGAUGGAGUGGAGGAUCCGAAGUUGGAAGAGAAAAGAAGGCAAGUGAGAGAGAAAAUCCAAGGAGCAUCACUCACUGAAGCUGAAAGAAACUUUCUGGUAGAUCUCUGUCAGAGGAACAAAACCAAAAGGCAAAUCAAUCUCGGGAGAGAUGGUUUGACUCACAACAUGUUGAAUGAUAUAUACAAUCAUUGGAAACACGCUGAAGCUGUUAGGGUCAAAUGUCUUGGAGUCCCAACUCUCGACAUGAAAAACGUUAUCUUCCACCUUGAGGAUAAAACGUUUGGGCAGGUGGUUUCUAAACACUGUGGUACGUUAGUGUUGUAUAGAGGGCGAAACUAUGAUCCAAAGAAAAGGCCCAAGAUCCCAUUGAUGUUGUGGAAACCUCAUGAACCGGUGUACCCUAGGCUGAUUAAAACAACAAUUGAUGGUCUAAGCAUUGAAGAGACUAAAGCAAUGAGGAAGAAAGGGCUAGCGGUUCCUGCCCUCACAAAACUCGCAAAGAAUGGGUAUUAUGGUAGUCUUGUUCCAAUGGUGAGAGACGCCUUCCUCGUGAGUGAAUUAGUGCGGAUUGAUUGCUUGGGACUAGAGAAAAAGGAUUACAAGAAGAUUGGAGCAAAACUUAGGGAUUUGGUGCCUUGCGUCCUGGUGACAUUUGACAAGGAGCAGAUCGUGAUUUGGAGAGGUCAAGACUAUAAGCCGCCUGAGGACGACGACGGUGAAUAUCCGUCUUUCACCCGUCGCGAGUCUUCCACAGACUCUCAUGUCAAUUCAAGUUGUAGCCAAGAGGCACAAGAAUCUCCUACCGAGACAACCAUGGAUUAA